CCCAACUCUACAACUUGUUGAGGAGAAUGUUCCUACCUUGAUGAAUACCAAAACAAACCCGCCUGACAUUUCUGGUUAAAAUUUUGCUCGGAAAAGGGCUUUCCAUACCACAGGAGGACGGGACUGGUUGUGGAAGGGGAGUGAGAAGGACGAUGAUGUGCACAUAGCUAACCUAAUUAACCUCUAGUGUAAAGCUAGGACGCCCCUGGACUGCACCAAGUCACUCUAAAUAUUAAGAACAAGCCAUGAAGGGGAUUUUAAAUGUUGGGAAUUCGUGUGAAGACAGCACAGAGGAAGUGAUAGAGAGAAAAGUGCCUGUAGUGGCAUCAGAGACCAGUAAGUAGAUGGUGAGGCCUGGGCAGGGCAGAGGAGCAGGAUGGCUACAGCCGUGGCCCCUGAGGUCCUGAAGAAGACACAGGCAGAACUAGGAAAGUUCAUCAAGAGGCCACCUCUUACUGACAAACUCCUCAGUAAGCCUCCCUUCCGCUUCCUCCACGACAUUGUCAAUGCGGUCAUCACAGAGACUGGCUUCCUUGCUGGUCUCUUCACUGAUGAUGAACUCAGCUCUCAGAAUAUUAAGGAUAAAGAAGCUAAGAUAGAAUUUCUGCAAAAAUGUAUAGAUGCUACAGUCUUAGCCACGGGAGAGAACCUGUCUGUCCGUCCAGGCAAGAUAGUGGCGGGCCAUGAGGCAGACAAGACCAAUGAGUGGCUACAGGCUCUUGGACGUGCUGUGGCCAAAAAUGUUAAUUCCUCUGAAGCUGUUUCACAAGUUCUCAGUGGAGUCCGACCUCAAGCAAAGAAAACAGAGAAGAAGGCAGAGAAAUCCAAGGAAAAAUCAGACAAAGAGAAGAAGGGGGAAACAGCCAGUAGUAAAGCUCAAAAAAAUAACCCCAAUAACCCUAAACCACCCCAGUCCCGCACCCCUGCCCGCACCCCUGCCCGUGCCCCCACCCAGCCUUCCCCAGCCUCCAAAGGCCCCAGCAAAGCAAAACUUGCCGUGCAAGCUAAAACUGCCCCUGUUAAUAAGUCUCCUGCAAAAGGCACAGCUGCUCCCAGAGGCUCAACUGUUAAGGGCUCAAAGAGCAAGGAUGACAAGGAUAAGACUGCCAAAAAAUCUAGAAGUAAGCCCAAGGAAGAAGAGAUUGGCAGCAAAAGUAGUAAAGAUAAGGAUAAGGAAGGGAAGGAGAGGAAGCAGAAAAGUUCAUCUCAAGAGAAGGGAAAGUCUGCUAAAUCCAGGCCAGCAAGUCGGGUGCAACAAGUGAAGGAGUCUGGCAAGGAAAAUUCUCCACCACACGAAGUGAUUGGUGCUGCAGAGGUCCUCACUAAUGGACAUGCUACUCCUGAGGAAAUGGUGUCCACUCCCAAGCAGGCCCCAUCAAGGCCUCCAAGCGCUAGACAUGAUGGUAAUGGUGGAGAGACAGUGGAAGUAGUGGAUGCAAUUGAUGAAGGAAUAGUAACUCAGGAGACUCCCACUGAGGAGGCUCAGACCCCCCAGGAGGAGGAAGAGAUGCCUAUUUUGGCCCCACUGGCCACUGAAGGCUCUCGUACUGCAGCUGAAGAUGGAUUAGAGAUGACAAAUGGUCAGUCAUUGCUGAUUGAUCCUGAGGUGGAGGAACAGCCUGGGGUUCUUGGAGGUGAUGGGGAACAAGGUCAGGAGCAGCUUGUCACACCGAGCUCCCCCACCAACACCACCCUCACCAACAACAACAUUGACCCAGCUAUUCUGAAGGCCAUGAGUCCCCAUAAUGCUGACCAGCUUCAGGGAGUAGACAUGCCACGUCCAGAACCUCCAGACUCAGGUGUGGGUUCCCUGGAGUCACCCAAACAUGCAGCCAAGGAACAGGAAGGUCCACCCACUGCCCCUACACCCCGGCCAGGCCCACAGCCCCUCAGAGCAAUGGAACCAUUCAAGGAGGGAACAAACAUGACCACUGAACCAGUGAUGCCAGAAACAGAGACUCCAGGGAGUCAGUUCAAGGGAGAUCCAUCUGCCAAGGAAAGUGCCAUAAGGCCACGCACUGGCCGUCGCUCAGCCCGUCCACCCAGUGCUCGGCCAGCCCCACCACGUGUGAGGGAACGGCGGGAGGUGCCAAAGGAGGAGAUCCAGCGGCCAGGUACUGCCAAGCCUGUGGCCAAUGUGAUUCUGCCCACUAACACAAAUGAUGUCGAUGAUGAUGAUGACAACUUUAUGGUUGAAGAGUCCAAGCCAGCAGUGACAAUGGAGGAUGAUGCACUACCCUUAGAUGCAGCAGCUGCCAGUGGUGCUGCAGCUGCUGCUGCUGCUGCAGGUGAGGAUGGACAGGGUGCUGGUCUUCUUGUGGCUCAGAUCUUGGAGACCAAAAAGGAGAUGGAGGAUGGCAGACGUAAUGCUUUUUCUCCUGAAACACCAGGUCACAGGAGAGUCCCCAUAGAACAGUCCCUCCUGAGUGAUGCCAACCGAAAGAAAGAAAGAGAACUAAUUCAGAAAGAUGUACAGAAGUUGAGCGCAUCCAUUCAGUCCAUCACCAGAUCUGUCAAUCCUUUAGCCAAAAUGUUAGAUUAUCUGCAAGAGGAUUUGGAUUCCAUGCAGAAGGAACUUGAGUCUUGGCAGAAUGAAAACAAGCACCUUGCUCAGACCCUCAAGCAAGAACAGAGUUCCACAGAGCAGGCACUGGAGCCCCUUGGGUACCAGUUGAUGGAGCUAGAAACAGCUGUGCAGGAGCAGCGUGAUAAAUUAUCAGCUGUCAAAUCAAACAUACUGAGGAACAAUGAAAAGAUUUCUCGCCUGAUGAGUGGUAUAAAUCUAAAUAUAUGAAUAUAUAUAUAUAUAUAUAUAUAUAUAUAUAUAUAUAUAUAUAUAUAUAUAUAUAUAUAUAUAUAUAUAUAUAUAUAUAUAUUAUUUUCUUGUAGAAGGAAUUGUUGUAACAUGAAACACUGCGUUAAUAUAUUAUGUUAUGAAAUUAUGUGGGGAAUUAAUGAACUGUUUAAGUGCACACACACACACACACACACACAAUGUAUUGUAUAUACUAGUUAGGAUAGAUUUUAAGGGAUAUAGAGAAAAACAGGAAAUAUACACAUGUUAUAAGAGUUUUCCAGAGGUGGUCCCAAAGUCAGGCCCAGUACAGUACAACUUGUUCCACACAAUAACAAUACAAGCUCACGCAGCACUGCAAGUCUUUGCAGCCUCAUGACACACUUAAAAUGCAUGUUCUUUGAUGUGAUUUCUGCAUGACAAAACUUAAUAUGCACAGUAUUUUCUUGAUAACUUAUCAUGAAAUAAGUAUAUUGAUUUUUUUCAAAAUUUAUCAUUUCACUUUGCCCAAAUUUGUAUAUUUUUGGCUUAUGUCACUCAGCCAUGCAGGGCCAGUACCACAUUCAGAGUCCAUCCAAUUUCUCAGGUGUACUCCAACACUGGAGUACCUCAGGAAUGCACCUGUCAUUCCCUUGAGGUGCAGAGAUGAUGAGUGAGGCCAAGGGAGGCCAAAUAUCUUAUUUAUGGAAGUGUAGGCUGCCUGAAAGUGUUUGGAAAUAAAGCAAAACAAAAAGAAAGAAAGAAAAGAACUAUGUUGUAGUAGGCUUUAUUGGUAUUGCCAUGCUCACAUAAGUGCUGCAUUGAUAAGGUAAAUGAUGAUGCUGAAACUAUGUGCAGCCUUGCACCAUGUGCAAAUUUGUCAACAAAUUCUGAAUUAAGGAAGAGAAUUGAUUUGUGGAGGACCUACUGUAACUAGAGUAGAUAAUUAGCUGUCCUACUUUGCUGCAAAGACUGGUUUCACUCAUCCUUUGUUCUAAUCAGUCACUUUUUAAAAUGGAAAUCCAGAUAUUGCAACUACAACUGUGAAUGAAAUUAACACAGUGCAGUUAGUACUCUCCAUAUCAGUUAAUAAGUACAUUGCAGCUUUCUUUGCAUUUAUAUUUGUUCCUGAAAAAAACUAGUCAUUAAUCUGGUCAUUUUUCCAUGUGGUUAUCUCAUAUACAGUUACAUUAAGAGCUCAGCAAACUUCCAGGCAAGAAAUGCCUGUGGCAACACUAUUCUUUUUACAAUACAGAUUUUGCUUAGUAAUGAUUUAUAACCAGAAAAGAUGAGUUCACAAGUUCAGAGAUAUUUCUUCAAUACUUUUCCAUCAGAAUUACACUUAAAUAUUACUUUUUAUUCUACUUGAGUGUGAACAUUCUUUAAGGGAAAUCACAAAGUGUACCAUAUAACAUAUUCACAGAAGUUGCCUCAUUAUAAUGCUGUAGUGCAGAUGUAAUGUGUACAUGUUUUAUUUACCCUUGACACCCUGCACGUGUCAUUGCACCUGAACAGGGACCAUUUGAAUAUUGUUUUUUUACUUGUAGUUGAACUAGUUACCAAUUGUCAAUUUCUAGUAACUCAUUAGGUUGUAGAAGCAAUAGUAAUUUUACCUCUAAUAGUAAGUUUCAGCAGGUUUCACACAACUAAUGAGAACAUGUCUGUUAUUUAGGAAAUAUUACACAAAACAUAUCUUUGGUAAAUAGUACAGGUCGACCAUCACUAAUCCGCCAAUCACAAAUCUGGUUCCAUCACUAAUCCAGCACUAAUUUUGGCUAGCAAAAUUUCAAAUUUCCUGGUUUUUCACACCAACCUGCCACUGCUACCAUUUGUUGGAAAGAUGAUAAAAUGUAUUGAAAGUUUUUUGUCACUAGAGUUGGGAAAAAAGGACUGAGGAGGCAAUGUAAUAGUGAAAUAGGAGCAGUACAAGAAUAACAGAAGCAAGGAGUGGAUGACCUAAGAAGCGUUAUGAAGUGAAAUGGGUCAUAAGAAGUUACUUGUUGCAUAAACACAGGGAACCCAUUCUAAUUUAUUUUUCUCCAUUUAUUAUUAAACCUGCACAGUUUUAGUUCCAGCCAAUGGCUCCAGUAAAUAAAGGAAAUACUUCUCGCUGUGUAAAGUGCAAACAUUACAUUAUCCAUAAAAGAAAAGGUUGAAAUCCUGAAAAAAAUCAAAAGUGGUGUCUGUGUGAAGCUUGUGUGAAUUAUACAGCAAUCGCUCUUCAAUGGUUUAUAACAAAGAAACAGAAACAAAAAAAUUUUCAGUUUCUUUGCUAACAAUAUUAGUUGUACCAGCCAGUAUCAGCCAGAAAUUAAAUGUUAUCAGUAUCGCCAGAAAAAUGUGGUAUUGGUACAGCUCCACUUCUCUGUAAUUCAACAAAAUAACUAAUCUGGCACCUUACAGUUCCCAGUGAUGCUGGAUUAGUGAUAGUGAUCUGUACUAUGAUUUUUUUACAUCACUUUGUGAGGGACUCAAACAAGAGGACCAGGUUUAUGUAUAAUAUAUAUAUAUAUAUAUAUAUAUAUAUAUAUAUAUAUAUAUAUAUAUAUAUAUAUAUAUAUAUAUAUAUAUAUAUAUAUACAUACAUAUAUAUAUACACACACAAAUAAAUGUUGUACUCUGUAUAGCGUAUUAUGGUAGGAACUGAUAUUUCACUUAUUUCUAAAUGGUAUGACACUAGUAUAGCCUCCAUUAUGUACUUAUUUCUAGCGGUGUGUAUUCUCUCCUUUUUUAUGUACCUAUUAAUAUGAUUCUGUUAGCAUGAUGCUGUCAUGAUGCCCUCAUCAUAGUGAGGAAUGGUUGUAAUGGACCACUGUGUGUGUAAUCACAGCAAAGAAUGACCGAAAUGGACCAUAAUAUGUGUGCACUUGUGUCUAUUUUGAAGAACCCUUAGGCUCAGCUGCCCUAGAUUUCCUGGAAGGAAACAGGCAAGUUGUUUCAUGCUAUUUGGGCAGUGCAUUGUAAAUGGGAUGGUGAUAGUUUCAUCUUUUUAAAUGGAGACUGUGAAAGAGAUAAGAAAAGCUCUCACUUGUUUACACGUGUCUUUGUUUUGACAUGCCACUUACAAAUGUUAAUAUAUUUUUUGUCAAAAUUGUCAGCCUAAGUUGGAUUAUAUUUUUUGCUUUGUACAGUCGUUGUGAGAAAUUGAGUACCCUGUCCCAGUCAUUUUCACUAUGUUUUGGAUUGUCCCUCAAUCUUAAGUUCUUUUAUCUGUUGGCUGUCUCCAAACAAAACUAGAUUACUGACAGAUUAUAAGCAGACCAGAGGACUAAAGAUUAAGGAAAACUCAAAGCACACUGGAAAUGGUGUACAGUAAAUUAACCCAUUUCUGACUGUGAUCAUACCAUCAGUAUAAUGUAAAGUAGAUCUUUGCUUCUUCAAGAUCUUAUGUGUGAGGCAACCAUCAGUAAGCUAAAUAUUAUGAUAUAUUUGUGAUACUCAGCCAUCUUCCAUCUCACUGGUUCUUAAACUUAUACAACACAACCUCAUUCAAGUGCUCAGAUAUUGUGAGUUCAGUGCUGAGGGAAUGUUGGUAAAGUAAGUCAUUUGCUCGUGAUCUAUUUAGUGUCUGGACAGUAGCUGUAAUCUUUUGAAACCUUUUAGAAGUCUAUUUGCUUGCUACCUGAGUUUUCCUGUAUUAUAAUGAUAUGGUUAUAUUGUUCAGCUGUCUUUACUAGUAUUCCAGUUCCAAUAAGUACCAUAAAACUAAAUUAAGAGAGAGAGAGAGAGAGAGAGAGAGAAAGAGAGAGAGGAGCAAGAAUCAAUGAAAAUUCAGGGAAUUGCUUUACCUUUUAUUUUUCAUAUUGUAUUGCAAUAUAGCUCCUAAAAAAAGAUGUGAAAUAGAGACUAGUGCAACCUUG